AUGCACCCCACUGGCCCCUGCUUCUGGGCAUCUUUCCUCCUCUGCCUGGGAAGUACUCUUAGGGAGUGCCAGGGUUUCUCUGCACUCCCUCCACUGCCAGCAGGCCACCUUCCCCAUGUUGAACAGUAUGAAGUGGUGCAGCCUCUCCAGUUACCCAUCCCAGGGGCUCUGAAUGAACUCUCUCCAAGCCCGACUUUGUAUCCUGAGACCAUCCGCUACCUCCUAGGCAUGAGAGGGAACAAUUUCACCCUCCACCUCCGCAGAAAUAGGCACCUGGUUGGAUCAGACUAUACGGAAACCUACACCUCGGCCAACGGCACAGAAGUGACGGAGAAGCCACAGGGAGGGCGGCACUGCUUCUAUCAGGGCCACGUGGAGGGUCACCAGAAUUCUGUUGCCAGCAUCAGCACCUGUCGAGGGAUCCAGGGCUUUUUCAAGACUGGCUCCACCAUCUAUCUGAUUGAGCCCCUGGACCAGAAGAAACAUCAGGGGAAACACGCCGUCUACAGGGAACAAGAUCUCAAGGAGAACCACAGGACUUGCGGCGUGGCCAAGGUUAGUCUUAAGGGAGAACUGGAGACAAUGAUGGCUGCAGUCUCAAUGCCCCACAACUGGAUCCCCGGAUCCAUCCCAAAGGAAACCCGCUAUGUGGAGCUCUUUGUGGUGGUGGACCACACAGAGUACAAGAAAUAUAAAAGCCUCAAGAAGAUGCGGCAUCGGGUGAAGGAGAUUGUCAAUCACGUGGAUAGGCUUUAUCAGGAGAUCAAUUUCCGAGUGGUUCUAACUGGUCUGGAAAUAUGGGACAAAGAGAACAAGGCAGCUGUGGACUCUAAUGUGGAGUCCACCCUCUCUAGCUUCCUUCAGUGGCGAGGCAGUCACCUCAUCACCAAGAAGCAGCAUGACAACGCCCAGCUGAUCACAGGGGUCAGUUUUGAGGGAACUGUUGUGGGGUUAGCCCGAUUGGCCUCCAUGUGUACAGAAGGUUCAGGGGGCGUGAACCAUGACCACAGCAAGAACCCGUUAGGAGUGGCGACCACUCUGGCUCAUGAGAUGGGCCACAACCUGGGCAUGGACCACGAUGAGAACAUCAUGGGCUGCCAGUGUGAGAAGAACAAGAGGCAUGGCGGCUGCAUCAUGACCUCCACGUCUGGUGAGGUCCUCCCCAAGAAGUUCAGCAGCUGCAGCAAGUACAACCUGCAGAAGUUUCUCGGGGGCAACAUCUUCUCCUCGAGCUGCCUGAACAACUUCCCGGUCCUGGAGAAGCUGGAGGGGAAGCCUGUGUGUGGGAACAAGUUUUUGGAACGAGGGGAGGAGUGUGAUUGUGGCCUCCCAGGGGAGUGUUUGAACCAGUGCUGUAACCCCAAGAACUGCCGGCUGGCGGCGGGGGCCGAGUGCACCGAGGGGGAGUGCUGCCAGGCAUGCCAAGUGAUGCCACCUGGGGAAAUCUGCCGGGAGGCCCAGAACGCCUGUGACCUGGCCGAAUAUUGUGAUGGCAAGCAGCCCAAGUGUCCAGAGAAUGUGUACAAAGAGAAUGGCACCCCAUGCUGGAGGGGCUACUGUUAUAACGGGACCUGCCCCACUUACAAACAACAGUGCCAGGCACUCUGGGGCCUGAGGGCAGACGUGUCCAUGGAUAAAUGCUUCCUGCUCAGCCUGCCCAAAGGAUGCACCGAAGCCUUCUAUCCCUCCCACCAAGGCCUUGACAAGUGCGGUUUCCUGCACUGCUCCCGGCCCAGCCCCAUGAGAUCUACCCGACACCUGUGCAGCUUCUUCCUGGAGGAUGAAAGGUGUGACCUGGCCAUCACCAAGAAUGAGAGCCGUGAUCCUUUCGUGAUGGUGGCUCCGGGCACCAAGUGUGGCAAGAAGAAAGUGUGCCAGGAGAGGAGUUGUCAGAACCUCAGCAUCUAUGGAGCUAAGAACUGCUCCAAGAAGUGUCACGACCGAGGGGUGUGCAACCACAAGCGGGAGUGCCACUGCGACCCAGGCUGGGCUCCACCCGACUGCCAAAGGAAGCUCUCACAACUCCGAGACGAACUGCUGAACAGGAGUGUCUUGGUGGGGGUGCUGGUGGCCUUAACCCUGAUGGCCGUGCUUGCUGUCCUGGUUUUUGUCCUCUACAAGUGGAAAUUGGGAAAGAAGGGAGGGACCAUGGAGGCCCCUCCCAACUACAGUUACAACAGGGAAACUACCAGACUCCAGCAGAACAGCACAGCAUCCCUCCUUCUUGCCUUCCACGUGUGUGCUCUUGCUUCCGUGACACCCCGUGCCUGUAAGGCACUGCCCAUCUCCACUACGGAAGGCCCUUCCUUUGAGCUCCAGCUCAGGGCAUACAGUAGGCGCCUAAUAAAGGCUCUGGAGAGAGUAUCACCGGCCACGGCCGGACCCGAAGGGUCCUUGUCCACCCUCCGCGAGCCUCCCCGCGCGCCGUGGUUCCCCUGGCCGGGGCUGCCGCGGCCCCCAGCCGUUACCUGUCACAAGCCGUCCAGUCCCGGGCCGGGCGCCGGACCGAGCGAGCCCCGCCCCCGGCCGCCUUUGCUGCCGCCGCUCGCGUCACGUCCUAUGCGUCACUUCCGGACCAGCCCCCAGGCUGUCCUCAAGUACCCUCCGCCGUGGAGCCGCACGCGCUGCGCAUGCGCCAAGAGUCCAUCGGCUCCCGGGCUUCCUGAGUACGAAGCCACGCUAGCCCGGCGGGCCCCUCCCCUUGACUGCCUGGCCACGCCCCUUCUGGCCCCGUCCCUCCCGUCAGCGCUUUAA